AUGAAACCAUUCUGUUUCCUGCAUUUAACAAGAGAAAGAAAAGCAAAAUCAACACUGUAUAUAGGCAUCACUCUCUCUCUCUUUCCUUGUCUCAUUUCCUUACUGAGUAUCUGUUCUGUUUUCUUCUCCACCCUUCUUUCUGUUGUUGCUAGUGUUCUUUCCUCUCACUACUUUUGUCAGUACUUUAAUGCUGAGUCUGCUUGGCGGCAUGAUUUGAUUCCUCAUGAGUUUGUAAUAAAGCAAUCUACAGAGCUUCACUGGUGCUUAGCAGCAGAAAGCCCAUUUACCAUGGCAGCCAUGAACAAGGAACUUCAUAAUUUCCUUGUUGAGGCAGAACUUGAACAUUAUUAUAGUGCCCUAAAGAAUGAACUGAAAAUUUCUGUCUUGGCUCAUCUCAAAUAUGUCAAAGAUGAGGACCUCAUGAAUGUGGGUAUGACUAAACCUGAAAUACGUAGGCUGAAGAAAUAUUACAGAAAAGAAAUGCCCCAAGGAGCAAUUGGCAAAAUAAAGAAGGUGAGUGCUCAUCAAAAGAGAGCUUUGUCUUAUCUAUCUGAAUUGUUUCUGUUUUAUUAA